CAAAAGUGUCAAACCCAUACUUCAGUCGAACUCGAACAACAACAGUCAAAACUUGAAAACAAAUCUGAAAGGAAUCAGAAGUGGAACUUAACAUUUUCAUUCACAAUUAACAUUUUGACGAGCAAAGUAUUAUAAUGGGUGUACUAGCGAGUCGCCAGAAUCCAGGACUAGAAGACGCUGAUAUUAUAUCCAACCAUGCCUACAAGUACCCACCGAGAUCCGGUAAUUACUUCGGGAGCCACUUUAUAAUGGGAGGCGAAAGAUUUGAUACUCCACAACCAGAGGCUUACCUCUUUGGUGAAAAUGCUGAUUUGAACUUUCUAGGCAGUAGACCGACUCCGCUCAACGUCUCCAUACUCUUACAGUUCCCUUACCCCCCGCCGCAGUCAAACGAGCCUACGAAAACGCUAAAAAGUCUAGUGAACAUACGUAAGGAGUCGCUACGUUUCAUUCGCUGCCCUGAGCCAUUGAGUAAAUUAGCAGACAACCAGAUUGGUGAUGGUGUUAUGAAAUCACCAGAAUCAAAUGGAAAGGGGACAUACUAUAAUAUAGAGUUUACUUUUGACUGUGACGCUAGAUGCGCUAUCACUGUCCAUUAUUUUUGCACUGAAGAGGUUACUCCUGCUGGUGUUGUAUAUUACCCGCGAGACCCGACAAUGAGUUCGCAAACGUACCACUACAAGAAAGGUGCGAAUCAACAGUUUUGUCAGAUCUCUCACGUGUUUGAUCCCUCGAAAUAUUCAGAAGAAGACCUACUGUACAACGCUGACAAGGAAUUAAUUCCGAUUGCCAUAUAUUGCGUGGUUGAUGAAGGGCAAGACGAAAUAAGGCAGUCCCACACAACCAUUGCGGUAGUCGAGAAACAUUCCGACGGAACGUACGUGUUGAAAGCUUUAAAACAAAAACUGUUUGUUGAUGGCCUUUGCUACCUGUUGCAAGAAAUAUACGGAAUCGAGAACAAAAAUUUGGAUUCUAAGCCGACUUCAGACUCUGAAACUGAAGAGGGCGGGUCGGAAUGCGUGAUCUGCAUGUGCGACACGCGCGACACGCUGAUCCUGCCGUGCCGACACCUGUGCCUGUGCAACUCGUGCGCGGACUCGCUGCGCUACCAGGCCAACAACUGCCCGAUCUGCCGCGCUCCCUUCCGCGCCCUGCUGCAGAUCCGAGCGCUGCAGCGGCGCACGUCGGAGGGGGCGCUGCCGGCGGGGACAGGGGGAGAAUCUCUCCCCCCCGGCUACGAACCGGUGUCACUCAUUGAAGCCCUGAACGGCCCCCAUCCUGCCCGUUCCGCUGCCCCGACCCUCACCCGCACUGCUCCGGCUAUAGCGUCACCGGACACCGACACGGCCUCGCAGGCUGCAGAAAUCCUGAACCGCUGCAACAUAGAGCGCAGCUCCUCCACCAGCCUGGGCAGUAGCGGCAGCCGCAAGGGCAAGUCGGGCUCCAAGGACGACGUCAAGACUUUACGCAGCACGCCGCACGCCCUCACUCCGGAGUUCCGCAUGUCGGUGCUGCUGGCUCGCGAGGAGGAGGCCAAGCGCGCCGACGAGAAGACGGCGGCCAGCAGCCCGCUGCUCCACGACCACAAGCUCAUGAACGGCGAGAACAAGUUCCCGUCGUCUCCCGAUAUGGAGUGCGGGGCGGAGGCGUCGUGCUCGGAGCAGACGGGGGCGGAGCCCGACGCCGACGCCGAGAGACUCUCCCCCCUGCUCACACACACUCUCAACAACAUAAGAAAGCCGGUGGUGUCCCGAGCCUGCAGCGUGUCGAGUCUGGGCGCGGCUCCCGCGGACCCCGCCGGGGACUCCGCCCUCCGACUCUCCGCGCCCGCGCUCGCGCACAUCGACGACAUCGAGGAGCCGCACUUACGGUCUGACGGGGCGGAGUCUCCGGCGCCGGCCGAGGACUCGGACUAUUUCACGCCGGAGGACACGACCACCACGAUACUGACCCUACCCAAAGCCGCCAAGCAUCUAGAACCGCUGAACAACGGCGAGUGUACGCCACAACGCUGGGCGCUGCCGCACCACGUAACAUCUUUACCAGGCACACCACUAAGCCAGUCCAGCGUCCGAUCGUCAGGCGAGUCAUAUAGCUCCACCUCAUCCACUCGACAACUGUUGACGGCUCCUCCGCCGCGCGCUUGUUAAUACCUUGAGCAAUAACUAAAUGGGAAAAUGGCUUGUAUAUUUACAAUACAGCUUCAAUAAUAUUAUAAGAAAAUAGCCAGUUAAAAACGCUUAGGUACUAUUUUUAAGGGUGAAACUAUUUUGGGUGAAAUUCAAACGAAAAUUGCCAUUUUCGCUUCUUUUAAAGUUUGUAGAUAAAAUUUUCCCGAAAACGUGCACCAGUGACAGUGAAAUAUAGAGUCACAUAGGUAUAGAGAUUAUUUAGAAAAUAAAACUUAAAAAAUCGUGAUCGUAAAAGUAAUUUUUUUAAUUUUUUUGUUGCCCAAUAGGCAAUCUACAUACGGCCCACCUGAUGGUGAGUGGUUACCGUCGCCCAUGGACUUCAGCAAUGCCAGGGACAGAGCAAAGCCGUUGCCUACCGUUAAUCUUGUUAAUGCCUUUUUUCUGCGCGCAAUGUAAUACAAAUAUGGGGUCAACGCCGUUGUUUGUCGGAAAAUUACAUCAGUUAUCUUUAGUUUAUUUUUAAAAUAAUCAUUUGUGAAACAAUAAGUAUUACGUAGUAUAACACUACAAAUGAACUCUGUUCUGCUUUGUUAUGAAGAUAGUUAAAGAAAUUUGGAAAUGAAUUAAACCUGUAUUGAAAUUACCAAAAAAUCCGAAUUGUUUUACAUCAUAUGUGUGCGUUAGUGAGAGCUUAGAAAAAAGCUAUUGGAAAUAGUUGUGAGUUUUGCUAGGCUAACUUUUUAAUAAAUUGUUUUUUGAAAUAUUAGUUUAAAAAAAUUAUACUUGACAACUUGAAAGUUAUUAUAAACAUGUAUUUAUAUGUUGCAAACUUUUCGGGAUAGCGUGAAAUAGUUUCGAUUUCAUCUUCUUUAGUUUGACGAUUGUUUUCGAUUGUUUAGUCCGGACUACGGAUAAGAUUAUGAUGAACAUUAAGGCAUGUAAUAUUAGGUAAACAGGAUAAGUUGUUUUUUUUUUGUUGGAAGUUUCUCUAUAUCCUCGGAGAUCUUACCGCUUAGCCAUUAGGAAUGACUUGUAUUCACUAACGAUUUGGAAUGUUUAAUUAAUCGAAAGAAUCUCAUAAGUGUGUAAAAAAUUACAUUCGAGCAAUUGUCUAGUUUCCCGAUUAAACAAUCGAGAUGUUUUUCGAUUUUUUCGAGUCGAUUCUCCGCGGUAUAUAUACGUUGCACCAUUUGCAAGAAGUCACGUUUCCGCUCAUUCUUCGAUUGGACUAACCCUAUACAAGUCGAUCGCGUAAAGAAAUCAUCAUUAAUUCAGCAAACUAAAUGACUAGCGUCUUUGCUCGCCUAUCGCUAGUUUGAACUAAUAUCCACAAGUUCCCACAUUUGGCACCGGCUUUCGAACGGUAAGGCGGUGAGUGAAGUUAUAUUUAGUCUUUUAGCAUCUAUGCAAGAGCGGGAAAAUUCACCUAAAUCAACUAACCUAAAUAAUACAUUCAUUCUAUUAAAGUUAAUAAUAAACUUCUGAUUAAUCAACAUCGUUACACUCUUUACAUAAUAGAGAUGCCUUUUCAACAAUCAUAAUUCAUAAAUGAUAAGUGAAGAUUGCUGAAGGAAUUAGAAUAUCAGCCUAUAAGUAAAUUGUUAGCAUAUCAUCGGCACGGUUUCGUCAAUACUUUGUUUGCUGUUCGUAUUUGCCAGCGGAAGAUAAAAAAGAAUGGUUUGAAUAAAAUAAAUUAUUGAAGUGUCCCAUUGCUCUUUAAUAGUAUAUAGGUAUGAUUAAAACAUUCCAACUCUCUAUAGGUACUCUACAUCUCGCAAUGAACGACAGUGGGGUUGUGGUAUUAGAUCCCCUUCCCCUUCUGCCCUUGCUCGCCCACCUGUCCUUGUGAAACUGGAAAGGCCUCAGGGCACCAGUAAACUCUCAAACAUAAAAAAAUAUUUAAAUCUGCCCAAAAUAGUAUAAUCAUGGAUGUCUUUAGAACAUAUUUAACACGUUGACUGCCAUGUAGGUCACCGGUGCCCUACGUGGCGUCAUGAACUAUUUUUGUCGAUUUAUCUCAUCUCAUCUCAAUAAGACGUCGGAAUUUCUAGUAAAAUCUGGGAAAGACGAAUCCGAAGUACUGAGAAUGAGACCUAAAAGACUAAACUAUACAUUAAAAACAAAAGGAGGCAAAGUUAGGCAAUGCAGACGCUUAGUAACAGAAAUCGCAAUAAUUACUUCAGUGCGCCGCGUAAGGCAUCAAUGACCUACAUGACAAUCAACAUGUUAAACACUAUAAACUUAGUCUGACUUUUCUCUGAGAACUUAUGUGGAACCAUUAAUUUCCGGAUACCCUCUACUGAUACGCUGCAUGUCGUAAGUUGAUGGUACUAUAGCAGGUACCUCCCCAAGACUAUCAACAAGAACUUUAUCAAGUUUCAUCACAAUUAUAUAAAUGCUUAAGGGAUAGACAGAGGACGUAAAUUCAUUUCAGUUGAUAGAUCGCUUUUUGCAUUAUUAUAAAGUGUAUCAAAUUCUUGUAAUGAUAAGAUUUGUUUGUAGUGCAAAACGAUUUUUAUUACUACAUAGAAUUAAGAAUUUCAACAAGAAUUUCAUAUAAACUUAUGCAAUUAUGAAACCAAAUUAUCGUUUAAGUCAGUUACUAAGAUCAUUAGGUCUGCCUGACUGUUACAAUAAAUGAUAUUUUAUGUUAUAUACUUAGUAGACUGAUUGUAAAUCUCAAUCGUUAAUGCUUUAGGCAUCUUUGUAAUCUUUAAUAGGGGUGCAGUGCUUUUUUGACAUACAUAUAUUAUACAAAUAGUAAAAUAAGCCUGUAUUAUUUGCUUUAGGAUUAAGUCAUUGUAUUUUUUAAAUAAAAUAUUUUUUUACAGAA